UUGUUAAGCAGUAAAAUUCUCAUACCGCACAGUAAUUUGACCAUACCCCAAAAGUGUUUUCUACGUUAGCCCCAAAAAAUUUCUUUUAUAAAUUUUUUGUCUUCACAAAAAAUGUUUUUUUGCCGCCAGCCGAAAGGGAAUAGAUUCAGGGUGCGCUGCUGAUCUUUAUAGUUUCAUAGUUCGGCUUGCGUGCGACGGUGAGAGUGUGACUGCUGUGCUUACAAUUAUUGUUAGAAAACUUUUCGGAAGACUGUAUUACAGUAAAAAAAAAAUAUUAGGAAUGCACCUUUAUAAAGUGAGUGUGAAAAAUAGGGGACUAACGGGGAUAUUUAAUGCAGAUACGCUGCUGGAUUUGAAACAAAAGAGUAUGGUUAUUUUUUAUGCUGAUCCUAUCCCAAAUAACUCCAAGUGAUGUAUUUCUUGCCUUGUUUAUUAACAGUUUCAGACAGGUUUGAAACCUCCCUUGAUUCUCUCGAACUCCAUUUCGAUGAUUUUCCCGUGGCCACGGAGGAGGAUUUUUCAUCCCUGUGUUCUGUCGGUGGUAACGCAAAGUUUACUGUCGUCAUUUCUGAUGAUACGUCGUCAGACAGUAGCUCAAGUGAUGAAAGUGAAACUCCGCGCAAUAAUAAUGCCCGGGAUUCGGAUUCUGAUAAUCCAAAUUUACAAGAAACUGCUCCAGAGAUGUCGAUGGAUCCUUUAGAAGUAUAUAUAAGUUAUAAAUUCGCUCGUACGUUGUAAUAUUUACUUCCUUCUCCGUUACUAGGAUUACUACCCAAUCCGCGACAUAAUAAGGGAAAAUGGCUGGAGCAAAAGUCGUGUUGAUGCGUUACUCUCCCGACUGGAUGAAAAUAACGCGUAACUUAGUAAAAGCGACCGUUCAAGCAUCAAUAUUGCAGUAGGAAAAUGGCUUUUUAAGCACAAGGGCAUGAAUUCAAUGCCCAAGCCGGCGGAGUUCGACAAAGUGGCCCGAUCGAUUGUCGCUCAUUUCCCAAUAGCAAAGGACUCUGCAAGCACCGCGGAUAAAGUUGUAUAUUCGUCGUGGCAUGACAGCAAUUCCAACGUUGGCCGUCUAUUAAACUAUGUAAGAGACCGCAGAUCAGAAAACAAAAAUAAAGGAGCCGUCGUUCGUAGCUACACAAAAAGAACGAUAGAGGAUUCAGCCGAAACCUUGGUUGACAUAGGAUUGGCCGAAAAAGAGCGAUUUAUGCGAGAAAAUCAAGUAACGGCAGAGAAUAAAGAAAAAAUGCUUAAAUUUCAUCGUGACACAUUGGACAUCAGCAGGAAAUGGAUAGCCGCUAAAAAACCUACCUUGACUGAUAUUGUGAAGCGGUUCCCCAGAUUUACAACUUUAAAGGCUGCGAUUGAUUGUGACUUGCUUUCUGCAGAAGGUUGGCAGACCGAAGCAUUCGCCCAAAAGUGGCAUAAAAUAGAAAAAAAUUUGGCAGAAGAAAUACUGAGAAAACACGGGGAUUUUCUGGUGCCACUUGAGGAUCUUACGCUGGCGGAUGCCAUUCUUUCCUACGAGGACCCUCUGUUUGAUCUAAGUAUGAAAUAUAUGCAUUAGUCUCCCUUAAAAUGAAUCCCAUUUAAUUUUCAUUUACUUAAUUUCAUUUGAAUGUCAAAUACGGCCAAUGACAGAAGCCUCGCAGUGUUUUUUCGUUCCCUGGGAGCUGCGGUAAAAUUCGUAAUAUGGUGUUCAUUGAGUUAUAAACCAAAAAAGCAGGCAACAAAAUUUUUCCCGAAAAUACAGAACAUUUACACC